AUGGCAAGACAUCCAACAAUUAUUGAUCUACUUUUAACCCUUCCUGGAGUCGGAGAGGCUGGAGAAACUGUGAAGGCUGGAGUGGAAGGCUCCAAAGCAGCUGAGGCUAUUGGCAAGACCGAAGAAGCUGCGGGGGGAUCCAAAUCUCUUAAGAAUGAAGUCACAGACACCACCAGUAAAGGCGAAAAGGCAGAUGAUGUGAACUGUAAUCGAGGAGGUGGAUUUUCUCGUCAAAUGCAGCCCAAAAACGACUCCAAAAAGGUUGAGUAUGAUGACGAGUCCGACUGGUCUGACGAUGAGGACAUAAAGCCCAAGAAACCGCCUCAGCCUUUGGGUGCAUGGGGCCUCCCCAAGGCCGUAAAAUGGUGCAAGGAAACCUUUAAACAACCAAAGACGCAAACCAAUUACCUUUUUGACACUAUUGCCAACAGUCCGGAGAUCCAUGAUCUGGCGAGAGAAUUCAAUGUGGAAGAACAUGGCAAAUUACCGAGAACUUAUACAGGCUCGGGCAGGCUUUUGGAGAGACCGCCCGAGUCAACUUGGGAGACUGGGAUUAUCCAGCUUUGA